AAAAAUGGACUACUUUCCAGAAGACAUUUUAAUUGACGUGCUGUCAUAUCUGAGCGUACGAGAGCUAGUGCGAGCCGGAAGAGUCUGUAGGAGGUGGAGACGCCUUGUGAACGACCAAAGAUUGUGGAGAGUUGUCGACCUGACAGCAUGGAAAGGGGUGACAUCCCGCAUACUUUGGGUUCUGCUGCGUCAGUUCCUGGGUUGUGGACUACGGUGCCUACGGUUGCGUGGUUUGCUGCUUUCUGCCCGAGGGGGCACCUUUCUCUCUGAGUCUUGGCUCAAAGCUUUGUCCAAAAAGUGCCCUCGCCUGAGUAAGCUCUACCUUCUGCAUGCAGACCUGAGAAGCCUCCCCAGUUGCCAGCUCCUGCCUACAUCUUUGCAGGUGCUAGAGUUGCGUGGCUGUGAGCUGCCUCAGGGCUUUUUUGAUCAGAGCCUUCCCAGUUCCCCUGGUCCCCAAGAAAGAGCAAACGCCACAUCCAGUGUUGGUGCUCAACAGAAAGGACGAGGUCAGAAAAGAAAAGGGCAUAGCUCUCCAUCAGGGAUUUCUAUUGAGAGGUUAGUCCUUAACAACGUUCCCUCUUUCACGGACCAGCACCUGCAAAGUCUGACAUCAUGGGAGAUGCUCAGUCGACUGGAGCUACGUGACACCUUUCGUGUUACAGCUAAUGGGCUCAGGAGCUGUGCUGCAAAGGAUGGCGUCUGCGGUGUGGAAGGGCUAUUCAGGCUAAAGUUUCUGGAAAUAGGCAUCACUGGGCGGCAGGGCUACCAGUUACAGAUGGCCUCCCUGGGGCUAGGGGCAGGAUGGCUUGGACUAGAGGAGCUGAGUCUGGGCGGUAAAGAGGUGGGGCCAGGCUUGCUCUGUGCCAACCGUCUGAAGGACCUGAAGUGUCUGUGCCUUUGGUCCUGCACGCUCAGUAAGAUGCAGAUAGUACGGAGUUGCGGGAUGCUCCGUGGGCUCCGCAGACUGGAGUUUCUGGACGUGAUCUUCCAGCCUCAGCAGUGUCCACCAGUGGUGGAGGGAGAGGGUGAUGGUGAAGAAGAGCAGGACAGUGAGGAAGCUGUAGGUGGAGACAACAGCAAUGAUGAGAACAAACUAGACACAAACGAUCCUAUUCCAAGUCUGCGCCGCUCACUGGCUGUCCUGCUGCCACGCUGCUCACUAGUUUUCACCAACUGCUCUGUUCGGAUAAAUUCAGAUUAAAUAAAACAAAGUACCCACUGCUGCUGUGAAUGAGUGGCCGAUAUGGAUCCUCUAUUACAAAGACAUGUAAUUUUAUAUAGUGAUAGCGUUAUAAUCAAUGAAUGAAUUAUGUUUUUUAUCGUGUCAUGCUCACAAGACACCAUACUUUCAUAGAAGCCACAAUGCUGCAUAUACAUGUUCAAACUGUACUAUGAAAAACCUAAAAGUAAAGAAAACUGAUUCUCAAUUUCACAAUCUUCAUAGAAACUUGAUUUUUAAUGGAGUCAUCCAGUAUAUUGUGAUGUGGUGCAUUCUCCGGGUAAUCAAUAAGAAACUUUUUAUGGAUCAAGUAACCAGACAAUAGUCAGUUGUUGGCUAAUCCAGCACAUGAAAUAGCUGACAAAUCAAAGUACUUCAUUACAUUAAUGCAAACAUCAUAAAAAUGAUUUUAGAAGUUUUUAUCAUACUCUUUUAACUCUGUUGCAAUAUAAAAUGUAUGUCACUGUCACUGACUGUGCGGCAGGAGGUGUCGCCCGCAAAGGCAGAAGAAUGAAGCGCACUCUUUGCAAUGAUGCACCUGUUUCCUGUUUCUUCACCGCUUUUCAACAAUGUGUACAUUAACAAAAUGAUCUGUUAGAAGCAGGUGUGUGAUUUUUGUUUUUUGUGUUACAGAAGAACAACGCAACACAUUUGAUUUCAUCUUUAUCAAGUCCAAAUUCUGUGUUCUUUUUCCAUAUGUGGGUUUUUUUAGAAAUUGUGAAAUAAGAUAUGUUACUUGUUAUUGUUUGUUUAUUGUAUACAUGAGGGAAAAUAUA